CUCCCAGUGGGGCGAGCUCUGGCUAUUAGUACCGCCCAAGAGUCACAGACGGCUAUCCGUAGCCCACCCAAUCGCUUCCUCUUCCUUACAAAUACUCCUCACGUUGGCUCCUGCUAUUACCAUCAUCGAGAUGGAACUCUACUACCCGAUCCAGUCCUCGUGGCCCCUCUUCCCCGCUCCUCACUUUUUCUCGUCAUCGGACUCCGCCACUCCGCAAAACUAUGUGCACUGGACGGAAACGCCCGAGUCCCAUCGCUUCAGUGCAGACUUGCCAGGGGUGAGGAAGGAAGAGAUCAGGGUGGAGGUGGAAGACUCGCGGUACAUGGUGAUCAGGACGGAGCGGCGGGACGACGACGGCCUCGGCGAGCCGGCGCAGAGGGAGAGGAGGGGAUUCGUCAGGAAGUUCCGGUUGCCAGAGACGGUGGACAUCGACGGGAUCACGGCGGCGUACGAGGAUGGCGUCCUGACGGUCACCGUCCCCAGAUUGGUGAGUCGCCGGAGGCUCCAGCUCGAUCUCGAGGAUUUGGCAGAUGCGAGCCAUGCCGUGGCCCGCGCCGCUUGAGAACGUAUUAAGCAUAUGAUUUGAUCCGCGUCGCGACUGUCGUUCGAUGAAAUGUCUGCGACGGUUAAUAGCUUUAGGUAGCGCUCUAAU